UGAAAGUUACAGAUGCGGAAGUGGUGAAGCCUGAAGGUUGCCCAGUGCCCUGAGAAGGGCGUGGCCGGGAUGGUUUCUUACAGUUGCUGGCUCAGGAUGCUGAAGGUGGCUGUUGGGUUGUUUCUAGCGGCGCUUCUUGCCUUUAUUCUCGGAACAUAUACCUCGUCUGGGCGCCAGUCUCACCUGCAGCGACAUUACUCAGAGAAUGAUCAGAGACCAAUGCCAGGAGCCGAGCUCAGCAACAUAUUCUGGGCUGUGCAGGUGACUGAUCUGCAUAUCAGCAAGUUCUUGGAUCCCAGCAGGAUCUCUGACAUGGAGACAUUUUGCACUGAUACACUCCCUGUCAUCAGCCCAUCGCUUGUUCUGGUUACUGGGGAUCUCACUGAUGCAAAGACUAAGGAUAAACUGGGCUCAGACCAGUAUGAGAUUGAAUGGCAAAAUUACAGAUCCAUCCUGAAGAAGUCACAGAUCAUGGAGAAAACCAAGUGGAUUGAUAUACGAGGAAACCAUGAUUCUUUCAACAUUCCGCAUCUAAACAGCAUCAAAAACUACUACAGGAAAUACUCUGCAUGGCAAAAGGAAGGAUCUUUCCAUUACAUUCAUCACACCCAAUUUGGCAAUUACUCCUUUAUCUGUGUGGAUGCUACACUCACCCCUGGACCAAAGAGACCUUACAACUUCUUUGGUAUCAUAGACCAGAAACAGAUGCACCAGCUUUCCAUAAUGGCCACGGAGAGUCACAACAGCAACCAGACAGUGUGGUUUGGCCACUACCCUACCUCAACCAUUGUAUCUUCUUCUCCUGGAGUACGAGCUGUAAUGAGUUCAGCUGUGGCAUACAUGUGUGGGCAUCUACACACUUUGGGGGGACUAGCACCUGCCUUGUAUAGUCAGCACCAAGAAGGAACCCUAGAGCUUGAGCUUGGAGACUGGAUGGCCAACAGGAGGUAUCGCAUCUUUGCCUUUGAUCAUGACCUCUUCAGCUUUGUGGAUCUGAUAUUUGAACAGUGGCCAGUGGUCCUCAUUACUAAUCCCAAAUCUGCCCUUUAUACAAACCCUGCUCAGGAGCCUUUGAUAAGAAUGUUGCAUUCCACCCAUAUCCGGAUCCUGGCAUUCUCUACAACACCUAUCGGCAGCGUGAGGGUUAGUAUAGAUGGAGUUGAGCUGGGGGAAGCUUCUCAAGCAUCUGGUCCUCUGUAUGUGCUGGAAUGGACGCCUGAAAACUACAAGACUGGGGUUCAUGAAAUUAAAGUUAAAGUCCAGGAUUCAGCAGGAAGAAGCCAAACUAGAAGCCACCUAUUUACUUUGGAUAAUGCCGUGCAUCUCAGCUUUAGUUUGUUCCCAUCUUUAAUUCUUCUCACUGAUCAUUACAUAUUGGUACAAGUGCUGUUUGUUCUUAUAGUGAUCUGUCAAAUCAUCUUUCUUCUAGUUUUCAGAUAUAAGAAAAGGCCAGUUCUUAAAGGAGCUCCAGGUGUUUUCACGCUGACCACCUUCUCUAUGCACGUGCUCUGCAAAACAAAUACCUUCUAUUAUGCCACUUUAAUUCUCACACUUUAUACGGCAGUAGGACCAUGGUUCUUUGGUGAGAUAAUAGAUGGCCAUAUGGGAGCAUGUUUUGCAUUUGGGGUUGUUGUUGGAGGCCAUUACCUUCAAGGGAGUCUAACAUACAUGGUUGGAAUAACACAGAUUGCAUUUUUUAACCUCCCAAUGACUGCCUACAUGUGUUGGUGUCUGCUACUCCGAUGCAAGGGCCACACCUUCUGUUCUCACCUGCGACACAGCAGGAAAAUUGUGUGUCUGCCAAUCCAUUUCUUCAUGUUUCUUCUCCUGGGUUGGCAAGUCUACUCCUGCAUCUUCCUCCUUAUGACCUAUGGAACCUUAUCCGUUCUUCUCUCACCAAUGAAGUUAUGGCUAUCUCUGGCUACGCUGGUCAUAGCCAGGAAAGUGUGGAAAUUCAAUUCGCCUGAAUUAAAAGCUUACAUCACAGAAUUAAAAAACUGUCAGCGCUCAUGACAUAAAUGGAUUUACAUUCAAGAAAAAGCUGAAGCUAUGAAAUUGAAUGUCAACAAGACCAGUAUUUCACUGAAUAUUUAUAGACUUCAGAUGUCUUUUAAAUAUACAGGAAAAACCGAUUCAUCAAAUUAUUUUGUUCAACCUAUUUACAAUUAUUUUUAUAAUGGUUAUUAUCCAUUGUGUUGAAUAUAAUUUUGUAGUUUCUAGAAGUUGUUGAAAGAACAUUUAUAAUUAUACAUUUUUUAUUAAUAGAAAAUAAAACCACAUUUUGUUUUGCUGGUUGGAGAAAACGCACAGCAUUGAUAACCUGAUCAUAGACAGUUUGAUUUAGAUAUUUUUUGUUUUCUCCCCUGUCCUGUAAAGUGAAUGCAGCUUCUUCAGACUCCUCAUAAAGUGUAAAAGGUCACUUUCCACCGUGUUCUUCUGUCUUUGUUUUUCUGUGUCUUUAAAUAGCAUUAUUUUUUUCCUACAUUUUCAUUUAUUAUUC